AUGGAUGGAAUAUCGAAAAAAGAUAUGAUUGUAUUAAUGGGUGAUUUUAACGCACGUGUUAGUAAACCUCAGCAUCCUACGGCAUUUCGCACUGUUGGACCAUUUGUGGUGGAUGUGCAAAAUGAAAACGAUGGAAGAUUGAAAUGUACCCCAAUUAAUAUCACCAUUAUCGCCAUGUAUGUACCAGUUAAUCCACCAAACAAAACAAUGGCUGAUAACAGUGAAAAAUUUUAUACGGAUUUACAAGAGACAAUGGAUGGAAUAUCGAAAAAAGAUAUGAUUAUAUUAAUGGGUGAUUUUAACGCACGUGUUAGUCAACCUCAGCAUCCUACGGCAUUUCGCACUGUUGGACCAUUUGUGGUGGAUGUGCAAAAUGAAAACGGUGGAAGAUUAUUAAAUGCAAAUGCUGUUGCUACACAGAAUUGUACAAAAGUAGAUUAUGAUGUUACCACAUUGGGAGCACGUCAACAAACACAAAAACGUACAUUAGCCACUGUAGUCGCAACAACAAUAACUUCAACUGCUUCUUCCUUAUCUUCUAAUCGUCAUAGUACAGGCAGUGAAGAUUCAGUAAAUACAGGUUCACAACACAGUUCAUUAACAGCAGCAACAACACGUUUAACUCCUAUGCCCGAUCGUCUUCGAGUUAGAACAAAUGUUAAUGCUGCUGCUUCUUCAUCCUCAUCAUUAUCCCAGCCUGUCGUUGCUUCAAGACUAAUUAAAUCAAAAACCAGAGUUUCUGUUGCUAAAAAACGUGGUCGUAUAUCAGAAAAUGAAGAGAAUGAUGAAAAUAACGAUGAUACAUCUGUCUUGCAUGAUGCUGCUGCAUCAAGAAAUGGUCAAUCGAUGAAAGCUGUUUCUUACAUUGAUAUGAUGAUGAUGACGCGUAGUGGAACUCUAGCUGCAGCAGCAACAGAUGUAGUUACAUUAUCAAAUUCUAAGAGUUCACAUCCUACGUCUAGCCGUCGUCCACGUUCACAAGUAACCAAAAAAAUAUUUAAUAAGAAUAACAAUGUUAGUGGUGCACAUUUGUUUGCUCGUUCAAACUCAACUACUGGUUCACGUUCUCCGUCAUCCGAUUCUUCAUCUUGGUCAUCUACUAACUCAUCACACUCAUCAUCUAGCUAG